CCUAGGGAACCAAGCAGCGCUGCCGCCGCCGCCGCUACAACCCGAGUUGGAGGAGGGAGAAGCCAGGAAGAAAAUGGCGGCCGUGGCUGCAGAGGCGGCAGCGACUGCGGCGUCCCCCGGGGAGGGGGGCGCCGGCGAGGCCGAGCCGGAGAUGGAGCCCAUCCCCGGCAGCGAGGCCGGCACUGACCCCCUCCCGGUCACGGCCACUGAAGCAUCUGUGCCGGACGGCGAGGCUGACGGGCAGCAGUCCUCUCCUCAGGCCGACGAACCGCCGCUCCCGCCGCCGCCACCGCCGCCGGGGGAGCUCGCCCGCAGCCCGGAGGCGGCGGGGCUGGAGCUGGAGCCUGAGGAGAAGCUGCCCGCUCGAGUAGUGGAGCCGGCGGCAGCCGCGCCUCAGGAAGGGCCCAGCUUGCCACCUUCUCCUGCACCGCCGCCGGAGGAGCCCCCGGCUCCCGAGGAGCGCCAGGAACCGCCGCUGCCCCAGCCAGCAGCCCCGGCUCUCGUGCCGCCGGCAGGCGGGGACUCCGCGGUGUCGCAACUGAUCCCCGGCUCGGAGGUGCGGGUCACGCUGGACCACAUCAUUGAGGACGCGCUUGUCGUGUCGUUCCGCCUCGGGGAGAAGCUCUUCUCCGGGGUCCUCAUGGAUUUGUCCAAAAGGUUUGGGCCCCAUGGGAUCCCUGUGACAGUGUUUCCCAAAAGGGAAUAUAAGGAUAAACCCGAAGCCAUGCAGCUCCAAAGUAAUACAUUCCAAGAAGGGACAGAAGUCAAGCGUGAAGUGAAUGGUGCUGUUCUCAACGACCCUUCUCCUGUCCCACCUCCUGAGCUCAGCUUGGCCGAAAGCCUGUGGACUUCCAAACCACCACCUCUCUUCCAUGAAGGAGCACCUUAUCCUCCCCCUUUGUUUAUCAGGGACACAUAUAACCAAUCAAUACCUCAGCCACCUCCCCGGAAAAUUAAGCGACCCAAACGAAAAAUGUACAGGGAAGAACCUACUUCAAUAAUGAAUGCUAUUAAACUACGACCCAGGCAAGUUUUGUGUGACAAGUGUAAAAACAGUGUUGUUGCUGAAAAAAAAGAAAUUAGAAAAGGUGGUAGUGCAAGUGACUCUUCUAAAUAUGAAGAUAAAAAACGGAGAAAUGAAAGUGUAACUACUGUGAAUAAAAAACUGAAAACUGACCAUAAAGUGGAUGGGAGAAACCAAAAUGAAAGCCAGAAAAGAAAUGCUGUGGUUAAGGUUUCAAAUAUUACUCACAGCAGAGGCAGAGUAGUCAAAGUUUCUGCUCAGGCAAAUACAUCAAAAGCUCAGUUAAAUACUAAAAAAGUGCUCCAGAAUAAAAACAUGGAUCAUGCAAAAGCUCGGGAAGUGCUGAAAAUUGCCAAAGAAAAGGCACAGAAGAAGCAGAGUGAAACCUCUACAUCCAGAAGUGCGCAUUCAAAGGUCCAUUUCACACGUCGAUACCAGAACCCUAGCUCAGGCUCUCUUCCACCCCGGGUUCGUUUAAAGCCCCAGAGAUACAGGAAUGAAGAAAAUGACUCUUCUCUGAAGACCGGGCUGGAGAAAAUGCGAAGCAGCAAGAUGGCACCCAAGCCCCAGUCCCGUUGCACCUCUACCCGCUCAGCAGGUGAGGCCCCUUCAGAAAGUCAGAGUCCCUCCAAAGGCCCUGAAGAGGCCAGCAGUGGGGUUCAGGACACAACUGAAGUGCUUGUGCCUGGUGAGCAGGAGGAACCGCAGACCCUGGGCAGAAAGGGCAGCAAAAGCAGUAUCUCUGUUUACAUGACCCUAAAUCAAAAGAAAUCUGACUCUUCCAGUGCUUCAGUGUGUAGCAUUGAUAGCACAGAUGAUUUGAAAUCCUCCAACUCUGAGUGUAGUUCUUCUGAAAGUUUUGAUUUUCCUCCAGGCUGUAUGCAUGCACCUUCCACCUCCACUUCCUCCUCUUCAAAGGAAGAGAAAAAGCUCAGUAAUUCCUUGAAAAUGAAAGUCUUUUCCAAAAACGUUUCUAAGUGCGUCACACCAGAUGGCAGGACCGUAUGUGUAGGGGACAUUGUCUGGGCCAAGAUAUAUGGCUUCCCCUGGUGGCCAGCCCGUAUUCUUACCAUAACUGUGAGCCGGAAAGAUAGCGGUCUUUUAGUCCGACAGGAGGCCCGUAUUUCAUGGUUUGGGUCUCCAACAACAUCUUUUCUGGCUCUUUCGCAACUCUCCCCCUUUUUAGAAAACUUCCAGUCACGCUUUAAUAAGAAGAGAAAGGGCCUGUAUCGCAAGGCUAUCACAGAGGCAGCUAAGGCUGCCAAGCAGCUGACCCCUGAAGUGCGGGCUCUGCUGACACAGUUUGAAACGUGAACAUGGACAGUAAGGUAGGCAAGAACCUUUGGGAGGCGCCCAGGUUUUCUAGUCUAGUGAGGGGGUAACUUCUACAAGACAGCUUGGCCAAACCCGAGAGAGACUGCACUCAGCUGGCUGCUUUUUUAUACUUAACCUUAUAGCCAUUUUUAGACAGAAGCUUAAACUGAACAAGCAAUCAAAUUUUGUCUUUAGGAAAGGAGAUUUUAGCAGUAUUUUUCAGUUUUGAAGUCUAAAACCAUCCCAGGCAUUGGAGCCAUAGCCUGAACUGAAAAUGAAUUUUUGCAGGGACUGUUAAUUGCCAUUUGUACCUAGUACUGUGUGUAUGUGUAUAUGUAUACACACACGUACGUGUAUGUGUGUACAUAGAUGCAUACAUAUAUAAAAUAUUGCCUGUCACUGUGUGACACAGGUUGCAUAUCUGGGAUCUUAAGGGCUGGUGAGCUGGGGGGAACAGUGAGGAUAUUUAAUGACUUCUUGUUUUUUAAUUAACCAGUACUUCCUGUGUGCAUAAUGGCACAGGAGUUUGACUUGGAUGUCUGACAAACUGCAAUGCUUGCUGUUGAGUUGCACACUGGGGAAGCAGCUCAGUACUGAGGAUUAAGACUGUAAAGGCUGACUAGGUCUGAAUCAUCGCACCCUCUCUCUUGUCCAGUGGGGACUUAAAAACUUUCAAACUUCUGGUUUGGGAGUUUAGAUAGGUUUGUCUUUGGAUAUGUAAAUAGUUGAUUGCUAAAUUUGGUCAGAUUUCUCCUGACUGACUGGCUGUUCCUAAAUUCUUAGGAUACGUCCCGAUAAAUUACACUUUGUGAAUUAAUUGUCAUAUAUGUAAUUGUUGCAUUCUGGAUGUACCUAGUUUGAUAAUUUUUAAAAAAAAUUUCCGUUUAAGGUUAUCUGUUUGCAGGUCAGAAAAUGAGAAACUGUAAUUGUGUAAUGCUUUGAAAUGUAAAAAAAAAAAACAAGCUGUAAAUAAAAUCGACUAAAUCCAAAUUAUUUGUGUGUGUUUCUCAAAAAGCUUUGAAAAAUUUCAGGAUGGUAGAAAAUUAUUCUUUGUAAUAGUAUAUAGAGAAGAUGAAAAAAAAAUCACCUAUAUUUUCCUAUUUGCCCUAUCAGGGAAUAUAUAAUCUGAGCAUAGAUAAAAUUCAAAUGAGGGACUAACCAAUAUAUUCUUAAAAUGAGGUUUUGUAGUUUAGAGGUCUGAUAAGCUUCUAGAUUUGAGCCAGUCCUCCAGCCAGUUUUUUAUAAGUACAUGGGUUUUAAUUACUUCAUAUUUAGCUUUACUAUUUCAUCGCAUGCUUCAUUUUUUUUUUGGUUUUACAUUUGGGUAAUUACAAAGACUCUUCUCUGCUUGAUCUCUUCUGCCUCAGGUAUCAUUGCUUUUGGGGCUUGUAACUUAGCUAACUAUUUUCUACAUGGUCCAUCUGUCCCUAAGAUUUGAUCUCUUAUUUUCCAUUUUUAGCUUUUGUAUUCUUAGUGAAAAAUCUGAUGGCCUUUGGAGGCAAGUUUCUCCCAAUAUUUAUAAGUUGCUUUCAUAUUGUAUGCAUCCAACUUAACCUUUAAGUAUGAUAUAAUGUCAGUUUGACACUUUUGGAAACUUGGAACUUUUAAAGAGAGCAACUUUUUGUGGAUUCCUAAGUAAUCAGUUUGAAAUACUGUAGUUCCUAUGGAAUUAUGAAAGGAUUUUAAUGGAGACUGAGAUCAAUAGUCUGUCAGCUUCCUUAAGGUAAGGUACUGAUUUCUACAAGUAGAAUUUCUUCUUGGGAACUCAGUCAAUGCUUUUUGAUUAUAAUAAACACACAAUUUAAAAAAAGAUAUUUCACUUGAAUAGAACAUAUUCUUUCCUGCAAACAGAAAUAACUAGUAUUUUUUAAAUUCUUUGAUUAUAAUAGGCUGAAAGAAGUUCAGUGUGAUUGAGGGGUUUUAAGGAAGUAUCUUAAAGGUUUUCAGAGUAUUUGUUUCAGAUUAGUGAAUUUGUUCAUUCAGUUAUUUUUUGAAAGUUUCAAAUCUAAGGUUUAGGAAGUUCUAAACUAGGCAAAGUCACCUAAGUUAUGUCAUUCCAACGUCUCGUGAAAUGAUCCAGGUGAGUUUUAUCCUAACAUGUUUUUGACAGUGGAUAUUGCUAAUGUAGUCAAGUGCUCAGGCAAAUGUGCUCUUGUGGGAUAAACUAAAUUUGUUUCAGAAGCCAUGGGGAAAAGAAGAAAAAAUCAUGAUUGUUGAAUAUAAAAGUCAAACAAUUUGAUACAAUCCAUACCUUUGAGGAAAAAGUUGAAGCAUAAUCACAAUUGUGCAUGAUCUCUAAUCAUGCCAAGUAAGCCCUCAGCUUUAAACCAGCAGUCUGGAAUAUUUCAUCUGAAUUUUCAAUAAACUAGUUUGAAAAAUUCUGUAAUCUUUAAGAUGUACUGUAUGUUCUAAACACUGCAUACCAAUAGCUGCAUGCUAAACUGUUUUAUUCAAAGAGAAUUUUUUUUAAGCAGCUAAGAUAUAUUUAUCCAGGGUCCACUGUAGAUGGAGAUAGAAUUGGUUAAUUGUAGUCAUUUUUCUUUUUAAUGACAAAAAAGAAGACACUUACUCUUUGUCUUGUGCUUAGUCGCUCAGUCGUGUCUGACUCUUUGUGAACCCAUGGACUGUAGCCUGCCAGGCUCCUCUGUUAGUGGGAUUUCCCAAUCAAGAAUACUGGAGUGGGUUGCCAUGCCCUCCUUCAGGGGAUUUUUCCAAUCCAGGGAUCGAACCCAGGUGUCCCGCGUUGCAGGUGGUUUCUUUACUGUCUGAACCACCAGGGGAGCAAUCUUACUAUGGAGACAACCAAGUGGGUAUUUUCCCCUGUGCAGAGAGAAUACUAGGCUUAGAAUACUAGGCCAAGUCUCUAGUGGUCCAAGAAGACGGGUUAGAACAAGAUUAGCAAAGGUGAAAAACUAGGCAAAGUAAAAGCUGUGAAGGCUAAAAAGAUGUCUAUUUCUAGAAAUCUUCAGAAAUGUAAAGCAUCAGAGUGUGUUUUAGUUUUCUAGAAUUUAUAGAUCAGAAAGGGUCUGGUUUAAAUUUGGAAGGAGCUCUUUCUAGAUGUGGAACCAGAGAUCUGUUAUCAGUGAAACAGAGAAAGUAGAAUUCACUCGUCUGAAGCCCAUUUGCGGGACUUGACACUGUCCCUACUUGGAUAUUAUGAGUAAAGUUUAUAGUAAUGAGUAGAAAAGACAGGUGGAAUAUAGAUAUGAGGGUGGACUGCAGGCAAAGGAAUAUGGAACUUAAAAUCAACUAAAUGAAUAUAUACAUUGUCUGAAUAAUGUGAAAAUAGUGAGUUGCACCCCUAUUUGAGCUGGUGGUACUUACUAGUGGUUAUGCACAUUCCUUUAUAUACAUGUACAUUUUUUUUAUAUAGAGUAACUGAGUUGGGAACUGGAAUACCUUAAGGAACCAAUAAUUUGGAUCUAAAAUUAGAUUUUCCCUUUUAAGUUGUUAAUUUCUCUACACUCUGUGCUGCACUGGUUCACAUUUGUUACUACUCAUAGCAGAGAAGAGGCUGGCAAAUGUCUAGAAAAGUUGGUAAUAUGUAAAGUCAGGACAGUGUUCUGAUUUGUAUCCAGUGGUGGUCUCCAGUAGGGGAUUUGCCAGAGAAUUCUGAAGACCCUAUUUGUAAGUUGGGACAAAUUUACUUUUUUCUUUGGGACUAUACUAGUAUGGUUGAUAUUAAAACAGUUAAAAUGCCUGAUAGAGGGAACUCAGAAAGAGAACAGGAGGCUGGUGCCAUGCCACUUGUCAGGAGAAGUAAAACAGCUAAGCUGUCUCAAUUACUUUCACCUCGUUCUGACUUAGUUACUAGGCUCUUCAGACUCUGUUUGCUUGUGUAUGUUUACUGUGUACCUUAUUUCAACAAAGAGUGAACAGAAAUGUUAAAAGAUGAAAGUUUUAGCAGUUACAGUCCUAGGGAUAUAGAUGAUGUAUGUAUUUUUAGUUUUCCAGGAUGUCUUGGUGUUUUUACCAUGGAGAGUUGAUGCUGAGAUCAGCUCUUUUGUUUACCUACUCAAGUAAGAGACUUAACCUUUGUAGACUCAAACAGGGCCUUUUUCCUGUUUACUUUUUUUGUGACUGUAGGUGGAACUCAUUUCUUCUCUUAUAUUAAUAGAGCAUUGUAAUUUGCUGGGAUUUUAUUUUUUUGGUAUUUAAAAACUCAUUAAAUAUACUUAACCCAGUUUACCAUUUUAACCAGUUCUGUGGCAUUGAGUGCACCCACACUGUUGAGUAGUCGUUACUACCAUCCCUCUGUAAUUUGGUUUUGGGUAGCAAUCGUCUAAGUUUGGAUGGCGUUCUGGCAGCCUGGUUUCCAGCAUUCCUUCCUCACCAACCUACACUCCUGCACUGUGCUACUGGUGCCCACUUUUAAGAACUAUAACUACCUCUUGGUAAAAUUUUUAAGUAAUUUUAUUUACCAGAGUAGGUUUUGGGUUAAAACCGUCACUUCCUAAUGACAGACAAUUUUGUGAAUGUGAAAAUCAUUUAAAUGAUUUUAGUACUGGAAUUAAUUAGUUUCCAAAACUUUGUUUACAUGUCAUCACACUCUUUACCAUAUUUUCAUAAUAUGGGUACUGUUUUUACACUUUUUAUGUCAGUACUACUAAUGAAAAAACAGAUAUUCUUUGACAUAUGUAGAUAAUUCUGUUUGGAAUUCUAAGAUCAUCUUGUUUACCACACUCUGGUAGGAAAUACUGAAUUUUUAUACCCUGUCUUAAAGUUCAUCUUGGAUAGAGUCAGGUUUUAAUGCAUCUAAUUAAUCUCUGAAAAAACUGAUUGCCAAACUUGAAUUUUUUCUUAUACGAUCCUGUGUCAUGCUAGCAUAAAGACUGGUUGUGGGGAUGUGUAAAGGAAAUGAAACCAGGAUUUAUCAAAAGAGUGAAUUUCAGUCAAAUUCUCACUGUUCACUGAAUAAAUUAGAUGGCUGUAGUAUAUGUAGUUUAACUUGUGGGCCUUUUGUUUUAGACAUUUUGGUUUGUGAAACAAUUUCAUAAAACUUUGAUGUUGAAAACUGGCCAGUUCUAAAAUUACUUGUCUUUAGGCUUAACAUAAAUAUUCUUGUAAGGUUUUGAUAUUUGUAAGAUCUCAUUAAAAAAUAAGUUGAAAACACAGCCAUUAUUUAAGUAUGGAGUUUUCCUUAUAAGAAUGUGACAGUUAACUUCCUUUUAUUGACUUAGAAAUCUUAGAGUGCUUUUAUUGCCAGAACCGUAAUUAAACCUCCUUAUGAUUUUUUUCUACCCAGUGCAGCUAUCUAGAAGUAAAACUAGGUACCCCUAGUUACAUAGCCAAAGUGUUAUGGCUGUAUUAUAAUUUUUUUCAUGUAAACUAAAAAAACUCGUAAUUAUAAUGCACAUCAAGUUUUACCAAGGGCUUUUUGUUGUUUAAAUAUUUAAGAUAAUUUUGUAAUCCUCAGUAUCCCUCACUUAGUUUUCUGCAGCACAAAGAUUUGCUUAAAAGCUACUGAAAAAGUUGAUAAAUGUGCUGCCUAAGUGAGCACAAAAGCUACUGAAAAAUCUUGGAAGGAGUACAUCCCCUUCCUACCCUCGCCCGGUUUCCCCAGGUACUUUCCCUAUUAUACUUUACAAUAGGGUCCCCCCACCUCCACCCCCGUUUGCCUGGGGAGACUUCAUUUUUAUUUGAAGAAAUGUGAGAGGAUCAUCCUGUUGAGUGUAAAUGAUAGAAAUGGAUACUUAUGAAAAUAUAACCAGAUGCAGGUGAGCUGGAGUGUUUGUUAACAUUUUUGUACUAAUAGUGCUUGGUAUCAGUCUUUUAAUUGAGCAAAUGAUCGUUCUCUUUCAC